AUGCACGACUUGCCAGGAAUAUCCAAUGAAUCUGGACGGCUGGCGAUCACAGAGAUCAUGUGCAACGUGUUCCGCACCGUCAUGGCCACGUCACCAGACGACCUGCUGCCCAUCGUGUACCUCGCGGCCAAUCGCGUCGCGCCACCUCACGAGGGCGUGGAGCUGGGGAUUGGCGAUGCUACUAUCAUCCGCGCUCUGGCUGAGGCGACUGGGAGGAAAGAGGCGGUGGUUAAGUCGGAGUAUAAGGAGUGUGGCGACCUGGGGUUGGUGGCGAAGGCCAGUCGCACCACGCAGCGCAUGAUGAUGCAGCCGGCGCCGCUUACCUGCCACAAGGUCUUUGAAGCCUUCCGGUUCAUUGCCAAGGAGUCAGGCAGUCAGAGUGUGGAGAAGAAGAGGGCGCGCAUAAAGCAGCUGCUGGUGUCGGCGCGGCAGCAGGAGCCGCAGUUCAUAGUGCGCCUGCUGCAGGGCAGGAUGCGCAUCGGCCUCGCAGAACAAACGGCACCUCAAGAGUCAGUGAGGCGGGUGGGGCGCUGUGGUCCCAAGUCCCAAGGCGUGUUGGUUCAGUUCACUCUGGGAGUUCGGUGGGGCCAUGGUGUCCUGCUCAACCCAUACAUCCAUUCUCACCUCGUCCCGUCCCCCGUGCGUCAUCCACUCCCCCACCCCCGACUCUUCCCCAUCUCCUCCCCCACCUUCCAACCCAUGCAGGCCGUGCGGAUCAUGAAGCACGUGGACUCAGUGCUCCCUGUCUUCAGCCGGGUUGUUCCAUCCCUCCCAAAAGAUGUCUCUGGGCCGUUCCUGAAGCAUGCCAGUUCACCCUGGGAGUGCCGGUGGGGCCCAUGCUGGCCUGCUCAACCCUUGCAUCCAUUCUCACAUCGUCCUCAUGCGUCCUCCACUCCCCAUCUCCCACUCCCCCAACCUGUCAUCUUGCACCCCCAGGCAGUGCGCAUCAUGAAGCAUGCAUGCUCAGUGCUCCCAGUGUACGACCAAGUUGUUCCUGCCCUCUUGAAAGAUGGCAUAUGGGCCGUGCCUAAGGCGUGUCAGUUCACCCUGGGAGUGCCGGUGGGGCCCAUGCUGGCCAAGCCGACACGGGGCAUAUCGGAGAUCCUGGACAAGUUGCAGGGGCUGACUUUCACGUGCGAGUACAAGUACGAUGGGGAACGCACACAGGCAUGCCAGUUCGCCUUGGGAGUGCCGGUGGGGCCCAUGCUGGCGAAGCCCUCACGGGGCAUAUCGGAGAUACUGGACAAGCUGCAGGGACUCACGUUCACAUGCGAGUAUAAGUAUGACGGGGAGAGGACGCAGGUGCAUGGGCUGGCAGACGGCACAGUGCAGAUCUACAGCCGCAAUGCAGAGUGCACCACGGGCAAGUUCCCAGACCUCGUGCAGGCCGUGCAGAAGCACAAGAAGGCUCAUGUAGAGACCUUUGUGUUGGACGCUGAGGCAGUGGCGUACGACAGGGAGAGCGACAAGAUCCUGCCCUUCCAGGUUCUCAGCACACGGGCAAGGAAGGGCGUCAUUUGUUCCUAUUGGCAUGUGGUCACAGGAAGUGGGUUGCCCUUCCAGGUUCUCAGCACACGCGCGAGGAAAGGCGUCAUUGUCAGCGACAUCAAAGUGCAGGUGUGCAUGUUCGCCUUUGACCUGCUCUACCUCAACGGCCAGCAGCUGCUCACAGAGAAUCUUGCACGCCGGAGAGAGCUACUGCUGGAGUCGUUUGAGCCGGCCAAGGGCGAGUUGCAGUUCGCCACGGCCAUCACAACCAGCAAGGAGGAGGAGCUGCAGGCAUUCUUUGACGACGCCGUCAACCACAGCUGCGAGGGAGCCAUGGUGAAGACCCUGGACGUGGAUGCCACAUACGAGCCGGCCAAGAGGAGCAACAACUGGCUCAAGCUCAAGAAGGACUACAUGGAAGGGCUGGGCGAUUCCUUGGACCUCGUGCCCAUCGGUGCCUUCCAUGGCCGUGGCAAGCGAACAGGUGUGUUUGGAGCCUUCCUCCUCGCGUGCUACGACCCCGACACGGAGGAGUACCAGUCCAUCUGCAAGAUCGGCACCGGCUUCUCAGAAGCAGCACUGGAGGAGUGCUCUGCCUCGCUGCGCAAGCGAGUCAUUGACAAGCCGCCUCCCUACUACCGGUACGGGGAGACGCUAGGAGUCGAAGUGUGGUUCGAGCCGUCGGAGGUGUGGGAGGUGCGGGCGGCGGAUUUGUCCAUUAGUCCCGUGCACCGCGCGGCAGUGGGGCACGUGAAUGAGACCAAAGGGAUCGCCCUGCGCUUCCCUCGGUUCCUGAGGCUGCGAGAUGACAAGAGCGCGGAGCAGGCCACUUCCAGUGAACAGGUUGCUCAGAUGUACAACGCACAGAAGAUCAACCAUCGCUCUCCAUCCCGUCGCCCUUGCAAUCUCCCCUCCCAUCCGGUCGUUCCUCCCUCCCCUCGCCAUCGCGCUCACGUUCCUCCCCUCCACUCGCCAUCGCGCUCACGUUCCUCCCCUCCCCUCGCCAUCGCGCUCACGUUCCUCCCUUCCCUCGCCAUCGUGCUCACGUUCCUCCCCUCCACUCGCCAUCGCGCUCACGUUCCUCCCCUCCCCUCGCCAUCGCGCUCACGUUCCUCCCCCCCCUCGCAAUCGCACUCACGUUCCUCCCUCCCCUCGUCAUCGCGCUCACGUUCCUCCCCUCCCCUCGCCAUCGCGCUCACGUUCCUCCCCUCCCCUCGCCAUCGCGCUACGUUCCUCCCCUCCCUCGCCAUCGCGCUCACGGUCCUCCCCUCCCCUCCCAUCCCGUCGUUCGCCUCCUCUCCCCUCCCAUCCCGUCGUUCGCCUCCUCUCCCCUCCCAUCCAGUCGUUCGCCUCCUCUCCCCUCCCAUCCCGUCGUUCGCCUCCUCUCUUCUCUUUCUUCCCUUCGCUCCUCCGCUCUCCCCUCGCUGGCCGUUGUUCCUCUCUCUCUCCCCAUCGAGAUAUCAUUCUAUCCCCCUCAUCGUCUGCGCGUCUCGUUCCGUUCCGAUCCGCACGUUGCUUUCGGAUCCCGCGGCCAUGGCGAAUCCGCGCGUGUACUUUGACGUCUCGAUCGGCGGCGAGCCGGAGGGUCGCAUCGUGAUGGAGCUGUUCAGAGACGCCGCGCCCAGAACGGUUGAGAAUUUCCGCGCGCUCUGCACGGGGGAGAAGGGCGUCGGCGCAAAUACCGGCCUGCCACUUCAUUUCAAGGGUUGUCCCUUCCACAGAGUCAUCAAGGGUUUCAUGAUGCAGGGAGGCGACUUUUCCAACAAGAACGGCACAGGGGGGGAGUCAAUCUAUGGGGAGAAGUUCGAGGACGAGCCUGGGGGCCUGGCGCUCAAGCAUGAUAAGCGUGGGGUCCUAUCCAUGGCGAACAGUGGGCCGGGCACGAACGGCAGUCAGUUCUUCAUCACAUAUGGCCCCACACAGCACCUCGACGGCAAGCACUGCGUGUUCGGUCGAGUGCUGCGAGGAGGGCAGGUUCUUCGAGCGGUGGAGAUCACCCCCACGGACGGUUCAGAUCGUCCGCUGAGCGACGUCAUCAUCAACGACUGUGGCGAGCUGGCAGAGGAGGAGGACGACGGCACCAUGAACCACCCUGACGGAGACAAGUACCCUGACUGGCCCAGUGAUUUGGACGAGAAGCCUACAGAGUGGCAGUGGUGGGUGGAGGCAGUCAAGUCCAUUAAAGACCUUGGCACCACGCACUUCAAGAAUGGUGACUACCGCAUGGCGUUCCGGCGGUACCGCAAGGCCAUGGUAUAUCUGGACAAGGCAUGGGACAUGAAGGACAUCCCAGGAGAGACUCUGGAGGAGCUGCACACCAUCAGGGACGCCCUUCUCAACAACUACGCGGCGUGCAAACUGAAGCGCGGGGACUUUGACGGUGCCAUUGAGGACAGCAGCUCGGUGCUAUCGAGAAAUGAGAACAAUGCGAAAGCACUCUUCAGACGCGCCCAGGCGUAUUUGGGUCGCAAUGAGUUGGAACCAGCAAUUGCUGACCUGACACAGGCACUGAAGGUUGAACCGAAUGAUGGUGGAAUCAAGAGAGAGCUUGCGGCUGCCAAAAAAAAGCUGGCAACAAGGAAGGAAAAGGAGAAGGCUGCAUACGCUAAAAUGUUUGCCGGCGGGCUCUCCGCCGUUCUCCCGGUUCCCCCGCAAGCCCAGUUCCGCCUAGGCGGAAAACCCCCACCUGCUCCAGCUCCCUCCGCCGCUCCAGUAUCCCCGCACCUCUCGCCGCUACUCACGCCGCAUUUCACGGGCGCUGCCGCCAGUAGGGACCUAGGCUCCGCGUCGUCCACUUCCGGAUCCAUAGCAUCGGGGGGAACGGGAGGCAGCGUGGUUGCCAACGGCGUGCGGGGAGGCGGAGGCGGAGGGGUAGGCGGAGGGGUAGGCGGAGGGUUAGGGGGAGGGGGAGGGGUAGGCGGAGGGUUCGGGGGAGCGGGGGUUCCGCCUCCGCCUGUGGGGGCGAAGAAGAAGCGCGGACAGGGCGUGCGGUCGUGGAUUCGAAUCGACCCGUCGGGGGAAGUGAGCAUCCUGGAAGUGGAUAAAGGCACCCUGAUGCGAAGAUGUGAUCUCCCCGGGCGAGACCUGCGGCUGCUGGACCCGGUGUUUGUGUACCCGUCCACCAUCCUGGGGCGAGAGCGAGCCAUGGUGGUGAAUCUGGAGAGCAUUCGCUGCAUUAUCACAGCCGACGAGGUGCUCCUGCUCCAUGUGACGGACCCUGCCGUGCAGCAGUUCAAGCAAGCUCUGCAGCGGCGGCUACUGCUGGGCAUGGCUGCUCCGUCCGACUUCAGAGUGGCGUGGAGAACGGAGAGGCCUGGCGAGAAUGGCUUCACACUCGAUGCUCCAGACGCCAGCAUUCAGAGACGCGAGAUCAGCAGUGAGGACAUGUUCAGCGGGGCGGGCAGCACAGCAGAGGAGGACGACCUGCCCUUCGAGUUCAAAGCCCUUGAACUCGCACUCGAGCUCUCCUGCUCCGGUCUCGACCGCCAGGUCAGCCAGAUGUAUGCUAGAGUUUUGAGACGUCUCAAAGCUGCCAAGGAGCUCUGCUCUCGUGCUCUGCACUGGAGCAGCAGAUCGGAUUUGAGAUGUUUGCUUUUCAUUGUUUGUUACCCUCCACCUGUCCGACCACAGGCGCAGGAGCUAGCACAGGAGGCGUACCCAUUAUUGGAGCGCCUAGCGUUUCAGAUCAGCACGACCAACCUGGAGCUCGUGAGACGCAUCAAGAGCAGCUUGCUCGGCCUCACCCGCCGUGUGCAAAAGGUGCGCGACGAGAUAGAGCAGCUGAUGGACGACGAUGGGGACAUGGCGGAGAUGUACCUCACUCAGAAGCGCCUGCUGGCAGAGGAGCGCAGCGAGGGACACCGCGACGACGCCAGCGACCACUCGCACACACCCAGGGAGUCGCUUGGCGGGUUUGGGUCUUCCAUCUCUGCUCCGGUGUCCCCUGCUGGCUCUCCACCGAAACAUGGAAGCCACUACCUGGACGGCCGGCCAUCAGGCCUGGGCCCUGCUCCAUCGAUAAGCUUCUGGAGCGGCGCGCACAGCGCCAGCGACAGCACGGCGACAAGCGUUGAGAACGUGGAGGAACUGGAGAUGCUGCUGGAGGCAUACUUUGUUGUGAUUGACGGCACGCUCAACAAGCUGACGCAGCUGUCGCAAUACAUUGACGACACGGAGGAUUUUAUCAACAUUCAGCUGGAUAACGUGCGGAAUCAGCUCAUUCAAUUCGAGCUCGUCAUGACCACCGCUGGGUUUGUGGUGGCGCUGUGGGGGGUGAUAGCGGGCACGUUUGGGAUGAACGUGCCGCUGGGAUUGGAGGAGGACCCAUACGCCCUCAAGUGGAUCCUCAUUGACUCGGGCGUGGGGGGCGUCCUAAUCUUCCUCGCCUUCCUCGCCUUCUUCCGUUACAAGAACUGGACCAUCACUUGA